AUGACUCAAGAUGGUGGAUCGAAUAUCAGUCAACUCAUUCCUUCCUACGUUUAUCCUAACGUUGAGUGGCUUUUCGAUGAAAACGGUGGUGGUGGUUGUGUUGGUGAUGGUGGUGGUGGUGGUGAUGGUGGUGGUGGUGGUGGUGGUGGUGAUGGU